UUUGUGGUUGGAGUCAGCCUGCUUGCGCGCCGCGAAUUCGUGACACGAGCGUGACGAACGCGGACUGAGUGCGUACUGAAAAUAAACAGAGUAGUGGUGUAGUGACAAGAGCGCGGGUUGAACGAUGUCUUCGCCGAAUAAAAAGGCCAAGGAAUUAGAGGAUCCAGGCUCGGGCGAGGGUGUUGAGUCUCGUGAUUACGAUAUUGAAAUACAGAAGACACUCGAAGAGAUUGACGGGUGCCAGAAUCAAAUCGAUGGCCUCAAUGAGAAGGCCAGCGACGAAAUCCUCGAAGUUGAAAAGAAGUAUAAUAAGUUGCGUAAGCCCUACUUCCAGAAGCGGAAUGACAUUAUUAAGAGGAUACCCAAUUUUUGGGUUACAGCUUUUGUAAACAAUAAAGAAAUAGCAGAAAUAUUGGAAGAAGACGAGGAAGAUGCACUCCGGUUUUUAAACAAAUUAGAAGUUGAAGAAUUUGAAGACAUCAAAUCGGGAUAUAGAAUUAAUUUUUAUUUUGAUGAAAAUCCAUACUUCGAAAAUGAUGUUCUUACAAAAGAAUUUCAUUUAGGUUCUUCUGGAGAUCCAGCGUCACAAAGUACACCUAUACGUUGGAAAGAAGGUGCAGAUUUAACAAAAAGAGCAAAAACCAAAGCCCCACUGAAAGGUCGUAAAAGGCCACUGAAACACAGGUCAUUCUUCGAUUGGUUUACGGAUCAUGGAGAUCCAAGUUCAGAUGAAAUAGCAGAGUUAAUUAAAGAUGAUAUGUGGCCUAAUCCAUUGCAGUAUUACUUGGCACCAGAUAUGGAUGUUGAAAAUGGUGUUGAAGGAGAUGGCGAAGAUUGUGACACGGAAGAGGAGGAGGAAGAAGAAGAUGGUGGAGCAGAUGAUGGAGAUGAAGCAGGGGAAGGCGAGGAAGGUGAUGAUAGUAUAGUUGUGGUUGAAGAUGAUGUGGAUGAAGAUGAAGAGGAAGAAGAGGCUGUGAAUGAUGAAGAUGAUGGGGUUAACGAAGAGGAUGAUUUAUUAGUAGACGAUGAAGUUGAUCGUGAAGAUGCAGAUGGCGAAGAACCAGAAUAGAAUUUAAAGUUUGUUUCUCACAGCAAUGGUUACAGUCAUAGACAUUGAAAAAGAAUCGCUGAAAAUACACAUCAGAUUGAUUGAAAAUAGAUGAAGUGUGCAGGACAAAAACUAUUGAGCCAUAUGAAUAAACCUCGGGACGACAUUGGGAAAUAAUAAAAUAGGAAAUAGAAUUUAACAGACCUAAUCUUUAUCGGCGCAAAUAGAAAUCGUGUAUAAAAUAAUGUUUGCUCGAUUGUGCCGAAGUUAAAGAAAAAACGGUCUUACAUAAUAAAUUAGAUAGGUUUCACACAGUACCAUUUUUUUUUCUUUUCUUUAAAUAAUACCGGAAUUCCUAAGUUAUAUUCAUAUGGCCUAGUCAUUCUCUAUAUAGUAGGUAUACGAUGAAGAACACCUGCUCAGCUUCAUCGUGUUACAAUUACAGUAAGGAGUAAAUAAAUUAUAAGGUAUAACGAGAUUGUGGACAGGUGUUCUUUUCAUCUUGUUUUGUCACGAAGAUCUGUUCCAUUAUAUUACUUCCGGAACGAGGUGUUCUAGAUAUUUUUGAGAGUGACAGUACCACAGAUAUAGAGCAUUCACUUUUCCUCGCUGAGAGAUUUAUUUUUUUGAAACAAUUAAAUACUAGUUUUAUAGAAAAUUGUAACUAAUUGUUACUAUACACUUGCGAUUUAUAAAUAAAUUAAUACAUUUUCAAUUUGUUACUUUGAAAGUAGACUGAUAACAUAUCGGAGAAUAUAGUAACGUGUACAAAAGUGUGUAAAAAGUACAUAUGAGUCCUCUUUUUUUCCAACCUACUUAUUUUUUUGAUAAAAUCAUUAUUUUUCAUAUUACUGAUUAGAUAUUUCUAUUUUAUGAUAAUGAAUAUGUUUGCGUUAUUAUGUAACAUUCUCUGUAGUAAUCAAUUAGUUUGAUGUAACAUUUUUAACACAGUUAAAUUUUCAAUCUUUUUAUCCACAGUAACAAUGUAAAAGGCAUGUAUUGUAAACGUACGUUUUUAAUUAUUUAAAAUUAUAAUUUUAACUAAACCUGGCGCGAUGUUGCUAUUCCACGUGUAUAGAGAAAUAAAUAUUUAUUAAUUUAAUACGUUGUCUGGAGAAGAAUUGAAACUUGUCACGCUCAAAAUGAAGAUCAAUGUACGAAAAAGCCACCUCGUUCUUAUUCUUCCAGAUUUUACGUUUACAUUCUGCUAUUUGGAAAAGAAAAAUAUGUCGCAAACCUCUAAUUCUAACAGCAUCUUUUCAAAUUACUGUUACAAUCCAAAGAUGAAGUUAGAACUAGAAGUGAUCACAACCCUGUUAUAUUUCCAGCGAUGUGCCAAGGAAGGAACACAUUGCAGUCAGUUUUAAAUCUUGGUGCGAAUAAAAAGGUUCUAUUAAAAGUCUAAUCUGCGUUUCCUGUGGAGUCUAGGAAAAAUCAAAUAAUUAAGUUGCUUAAAAAAAUAGAUAACUAAUUAUAUGUUUGAUUUGAUUACUAUCCAAGAAACGUUUUUAAUGUGAAAUUGGUUUAGUGGAUCUUGGAUAAAAACCAGUUUCAAACUUAAGAGGAUAAUCUGUCUAUUUAGCAUGAAUUUAAAAAAUCUUCUAGAAUAAGAAUCCUAUUUUUGUACGGUACAAGUUAAUGUUGAAAAAAGUUAAUAAUUAUUUGAUUCCUCCUAGAAUACUUUUUGGUGCGCUCUUAUACAGAAUGUAUUCUGUUGUGAAACUUACCAGCAACUGUCCUGGAAAUGUUCAACGUUAUUGCAAAAUAAACGUUAACGUGACAUAAAAGUCCUGCGUCGACUUGAUAUAAUGGUCGCACAAAAGGACACCUAAGUCCAGAAACGAAAAUGAGCCAGACUAGACGUAAAAACAAUUGGAUGUAAGCAUUUUUUGAAAUCAAUCGACGUACUCGUGUCACGCAAUCAUACAGCAAAUGAACGAAAUAAAGUUGUCAGUUUAAGAUA